AUGAAAAUUCCUUUCAAAUACACCAGGUCCCAACUCGAGGUCUUCCGCUUUGCAUUCUGCCUGUUGUCACCAGUGGCUGUAAUGUACUACAUUGGUAUCGAUACAGACAAGAAACUGAACGUACCGGGGUUUUGGCCGGACCCUGAAACGCUGAACAAAAUACCCAAGGAGCCUUACGAGAUCAAAGCUGAGCUAGCGAGAAUGAAGAAGGAGAGACUUGAGAAAAGAUUGCGUUUGGAGAAGAAAAUUGCAGAGGAAUAUGGAAUCGAUAUCGAGGCCGAAAAGGCCCGUAUUAAGGAACAGUUGAAGAGCGAUUAA